CUCAAUUCAUUACUUCGAUGCAUCAACCAGAGUGCAGAAAAUAAAUGCAGCAGUGUUAGACCACUGUUCACCGUCGCAUUCAAAAUGUUUUUCAUACUUUUCAGUAUUUGUUUAAUCCUCUUUUAUGUUUUUGAUGAAAUUGUUACACCACGAGGAUAUCCAAAAGGUCCCACGCGACUUCCUCUGAUUGGGAGUUAUUUAAAAAUUCGAAACCUCAGAAAUAAAUUAGGUUUCUAUCACUUAGUGUGGGCUCAUUUAGCUAAAAAAUAUGGUCCAGUGUUUUCUAUUAAAUUCGGUCAAAUGGAAACAGUAGUCGUUUCUGGUUAUGACUUAGUAAAACAAGUAUUGUGUCAUGACGACUUUGAUGCCCGUCCGGAUAAAUAUUUUUUCAGAUUCAGAGCUUUUUAUCAAAAACUUGGUAUUGUAUUUGUGGAUGGACCCGGAUGGUUAGAACAAAAAAAGUUUAAUAUGCACCACAUACGUAGUAAGAGAUAUGGAACUCAUUUAAUGGAAGUACUUAUCUAUGAUGAAGUUGACAAGCUUAUCUUAAAUCUAAAUAGUCAAUGUGAGAAUGGUAAGCCAAUUAAAGUUAGCAGUUUAUUUGAUAUAUCCGUUUUCAACGGCCUUUGGAUAUUAUUAGUUGGACACAAAUUUGAGCUGAACGAUACUAGACUUAAAAAACUCUUGGAAUUAGUGCAUGCCAGUUAUAGAAUGAUAAAUAUGUCGAAAGGAAUUUUAUACCAAAUACCAUUUAUCCGGUAUUUUGCUCCUAAACGUUCUGGAUACAAAAACAUCAAACAAAUUUCAAACGAAUUUUACACCUUUUUAAAAGAAUUAGUUGAUGAAAACAGAGAUCAGAUAUAUGACCCCAACAAUUUCAUUGGUGCAUUUCUCAUGGAAAUCGACCAAAAUAGAGAAUCAUCAAAAUCAUUUUCAGAAGAACAAUUUCUCGUUUUAUUGUUGGAUUUGUUUCUAGCGGAUACUGAAACUACAAGCAGCAUGUUAACUUUCGUUAUUUUAAAUCUUAUCAAACAUCCGGAUGUACAAGCUAAAGUAUAUGAUGAAUUAGACUCGGUAAUUGGACAACGAAAUAUUCAUCUUGAAGAUCAAAGAAAAUUGAACUACCUCACAGCAGUGUUAAUGGAGGUACAGAGAUAUAGCAACGUGGCACCGUUAGCAAUCGCCUAUAGAGCUGUUCGAAAUACACACUUACAAGAUUUCAUAAUACCAGAGGAUACUAUGAUACUGGCAAGUAUAUGGAGUGUUCAUAUGGACAUAGAACAUUGGGGCGAUCCCGAGUCGUUUCGGCCAGAAAGAUUUCUAAAUAGCAAUGGGAAAAUUGUAAACGAUACAUGGCGUAUGCCCUUCGGCCUUGGUAGUAGAAGAUGUCUAGGAGAACCAAUGGGAAAGGCAACUCUUUUUUUGUUUAUCGCCAAAAUAGUACAACAGUUUGAAUUGAAGGCACCACGAGGAGUCCAAUUACCAGACAAGUAUCAAGAAGAAUGUAUCACUAUUUCUCCAUCGGAAUAUUCUGCUAUUUUUAUACCUAGACCAAAUGUGUAUUAAAGAAAUGUAAUUUGACUAUGGUUAACUUUUUAUUUAUCACGAGUUUAAAAAAUAAUCA